AUGUCAUGCUUCGCUGCCGCCUGGGACUUCUUGUCCCACUUCUCUCAACGCUUCGGCUCUCGCCGUGAUCGCCGUGCCGCUGGGAUCCUCUUCACCGGCACCGGCAGCAGCUUCGCGCAGCCGCAGAUCCGCUGCGUGCUGGGCGAGGGCGGGGAAGAGGGCUGUGUGUCCUGUCACGUCGCGGUGCGCAACGGCCGCCGCGAUCCAAAUUGGCGGAACAAUGUGGGUCUGUUGAUUCGUUGGCUCCAUCCUGAUGGUACGUGGCGACACGUGCAGAUCGACUGCGGCAAGACCUUCCGGGAAUCCGUGAUGCUGUGGUACAAAGAACAUCAGGUUGAUUUUUUGGAUGCUCUUCUGUUGACUCACGACCAUGCAGAUGCCAUUUUGGGCCUGGACGAGUUGCGCCAGUUGCAGCGCUUUGACAAUGCCACCAGACAAGUGUGUGGCCCUCCCAUCCAAUGUUUCUGUGAUGCCCGGACCAUGCGGCACUGUCGCCGUGCUUUUCCUUACUUGUUCCCUGGCAGCAAGAGCUCCAAAGAAGGGCUUAUUGCACUGUCACGUGCUUGGUGCAACUGCUCUGGUGCCUGUGACAUCGAGUGCAAAGAUAACCAAUUGAACUCCUUGCCUGGUGAAGUGAAGCGUUUCGUGGCAAGUGUUGACUGGAAGGAGGUGCCUGAAGAUACUUCACCCUUCGAAGUACAGGGACUCAUGAUCCAUGCCCUGCCCGUUUUGCAUGGUGCGGACUAUGUGAGUUUUGGCUACGGUUUUGGGCCAAAGGGCUCUAAAGUCGUCUACAUCUCCGACUACACGGAACUGCUGCCGAGAACGGAGACUCUACUGGAGCAUUGGAGCCAGGAUGGCAUUGCAGUGAUGAUUUUGGACAUGCUCUUUCCGAGCUCGCAGAAGGCUCUUGUGCACGCCAACCUGGACGAUUCUAUCGCACUCGUGCGACGCUACCGACCGCGCAAGGCCUUCUUCGUCGGCAUGUGCCAUUUCCGGGAGCAUCACGACAUGAACCGAGAGCUACGGCGAUUGUGGCACAGCGAGGGCUUGGAUGUGCAAGUGGCGCGGGACGGGCACUUCAAGGAGUUGGAGGUCUUGUAGGAUCGCGCCAGAAACCCUUCGUUGGAUCCAUGCUUGGGAAAA